CUUGGAAGCUAAUGUCGCCUUUUUUUAUUUACUACUUUGCACCUGAUUUGAUGUUAGCUCCUAGAGACAAGCCCUUGCCUUUUACAUCUUGAGCCUUUUGGGCAUUGGCUGAUCCACUUAUCUACUGUGAUUUCCUAGAUUUCGCUCAUGAAGCUUCAAUAUGUUUGGGGAGGUGGUUUCAAAUCAUUCAUUGAUGGCAUCCAAGUUGCAGCAAUUGCAAUCCAAAGCUCGCCAAUCAUCACAAUUUGGAAUGGAAUCAACUCAAUGAUAUACAUGGAAUUUUGACGGGAUUUUAUUGAUUGGAUGACUUAUCCUUUGUGAGUGCAAUACAAUGGCCAAAGGUCCUGCCUUUUCUCUGUUUCGAGUUUGCAGUCAUAAGAGAAGUGCAUCAAGGUUUCCAGCUCUUCUUUUGAAUCACCAUCACAGUUAUGUGGGGCAACCUGAGUGUUCUUUUGCUUCUACUUAUGAUGUACCAGUACGCCCUUUUUCUACCCGGUUGGUAAAUCCGGUAAUUUUGACAUAUUUUACGUUAAGUUCAAAGGCUUCCAGUGGAAAAGUUCUCUUUCCUAGGUUAUUUUCAUCAUUGGAUGACAGCGACAAUGAUGAUUUGAAGGACGGUACCCUCGCUGAAUCAGAGUUUGAGUAUGACGCAGAUGCUGGGAGGCCUGUUGAUUUUGAGCUUGAAAAGUAUGAUAAUGUGAGUGUUUCUUCCUUGGAUGGAGCCAGGAAUGAUGUGAAUGAUCCAUGUAACUCAGCAGUUCUUGAAUUGGAAAAGAAUGUAGAUAACGAUGAUGCAGAUGAAUUAGCAAAGGAUGAAAAAUGUGUGCAAUUGGCAUCUCGGGAUCCUGUCGACUUAUACCGAGAGCUUUGUAAUGUUAAAGGGGGUCCAUAUAUGGAUAAAGAAGAUUGGGAAAUUGUGCAGGAAGUGUUUCAUUACUUUGCCAGUUCUGGGUGGGCAUCCAAUCAGGCUCUUGCUAUUUACAUUGGUUUGUCAUUUUUCCCCACUGCCGUGCACAAAUUCCGUGAUUUUUUUGCCAGGGCAUGUCCAUCUGAUCUUGCUAAUUACAUAAUCUCACUCGGUCCAUCUGAUGCUGCUGUGAAGUUUUUAUUUCCUAUAUUUGUCGAAUAUUGCUUAGAGAAUUUUCCAGAUGAAAUCAAAAAGUUCCGGACUAUGUAUGAGACAGCAGACCUCAGAAAACCGCACACUUGGUUUCCGUUUGCACGGGCCAUGAAACGGAAGAUAAUUUAUCACUGUGGACCAACAAAUAGCGGUAAAACAUAUAAUGCUCUACAAAGAUUUACAGGAGCAAGCAAGGGAAUUUAUUGUAGUCCACUUAGAUUAUUGGCUAUGGAAGUUUUUGACAAGGUCAAUGCGAUGGGGGUUUACUGCAGUCUCCUGACGGGGCAAGAAAAGAAGUAUGUCCCAUUUUCCAGUCAUGUUGCAUGUACUGUGGAAAUGGUGUCGACAAAUGCAUUGUAUGACGUGGCUGUUAUUGAUGAGAUUCAGAUGAUGGCAGAUCCAUAUAGAGGCCAUGCAUGGACAAGAGCACUGCUCGGAUUGAAGGCUGAUGAGAUACAUCUGUGUGGAGAUCCUAGCGUACUGAAUAUUGUUCGAAAGAUAUGCCAAGAAACUGGGGAUGAGUUGUGUGAGCAACAUUAUAAGAGGUUUAAACCGCUGGUAGUUGAGGCAAAGACCCUACUAGGAGAUCUUCAAAAUAUUCGGUCUGGUGAUUGUGUAGUUGCCUUCUCAAGGAGAGAGAUAUUUGAGGUUAAACUGGCCAUUGAGAAACACACCAAGCAUCGGUGUUGUGUCAUAUAUGGAAGCUUGCCACCAGAAACUCGGCGGCAGCAAGCUAGCUUGUUUAAUGAUCAGGAUAAUGAAUAUGAUGUUUUAGUUGCUAGUGAUGCAGUGGGAAUGGGCCUUAACCUCAAUAUUAGAAGGGUAGUUUUUAAUAGCCUUUCAAAGUAUAAUGGUGACAAAAUUGUUCCUGUUCCAGCAUCACAAGUUAAGCAAAUUGCUGGAAGAGCUGGUAGAAGAGGAUGUAUUUAUCCAGAUGGACUCACCACUACCUUGCAUUUAGAUGAUUUGGACUACUUGAUUGAUUGUUUGAAACAACCUUUUGAUGAUGUCAAAAAGGUGGGUCUUUUUCCUUGUUGCGAACAGAUUGAAUUGUUUGCUGGAAAACUUCCAAAUCUAGCAUUCAGCCAACUGCUUGAAAAAUUUGGUGAAAGUUGUCGUUUGGAUCAUUCAUACUUUAUGUGUCGAUAUGAUCACAUAAGGAAAAUUGCUAAUAUGUUGGAUAAGGUUCCAGGAUUAUCUCUAAAAGAUCGGUUCAACUUCAGUUUUACUCCUGUUAAUGUUAGAGAUCCAAAAGCAAUGUACCACCUACUAAGGUUUGCUACAACUUACAGUCAGAAUGGCCCAGUCAAUAUAGCUAUGGGUAUGCCAAAAGGUUGUGCUCGGAAUGAUGCAGAACUCAUUGACCUUGAGACUAGGCAUCAGGUUCUAUCUGCCUAUUUGUGGUUGUCAAACCAGUUUAACGAGGAUAAUUUUCCAUAUGUGAAGAAGGCUGAGGCAAUGGCCAAUGACAUUGCUAAGUUACUUGGUCAAUCUCUUUCCAGAGCUAAUUGGAAGCCAGAAUCAAGGGGUAAUGCAGCAAAAGGAAACACUGCCAAAAAGGAAGGUCAACCAGCAUCAACCAAUGCUGUGGAACUAAAAACUGAAAAAAAGGGCUUUGGUUAUGCAAGGCCCCAAUCGCUCAUUAAAUUGUUUAACAAGAAACAGCAUGAAAAGUCCUUGCAGCUUGAGUAGUCGGACAAGGUAGCUGCUUAAUGUAAUUACUAUUGAGAGGACAUUGCAGCAAUCCGUGCGAUGUGGUAGAGACAAGUCUGUCAAACUGAAGUAUUAUAGCCCUUUAGCAUGCAGUAGAUUCCGCUUGAUGAAAAUUAUUUGGUGCAAGUUGAUUAAAUCUUGAUGCUUCUCUGAAGACAUUGAUGAUUCCAAGAGGGAUGCGGCUGGGUGUUGAAGAAGGCAGAACUAAUGCUGACUUUAGUUUAUACUAGGAAUAGAGGCUUACAGAGUAUGUUAUAGUUGAAAUAUCAAACGCUCCAACUUGGGUAUGAUAAUGUACAUCUGUGUAACUCACAGCACGCUAGAUUCAACUCCGAUAGGCAAUCAGUUGUUAACAUUUCAAUUUGUUAUGGUGUUAUGUUUACAUCCUAUGGUAUUCUGUCCAGGAUUAUGGAGUUGAAAGAGUCUAUUCAAUGUCCUUUUAUACUUCUCUUUCGUUUCUGGACUCAAGUGGCAUUAUCAAUGAGUUAAUAUUGUACGAUUAUAUUUAUGAGGUUCAAAAUGAUAAAGGAAAUAUCGUGGAAUUCAUAUUA